CGAACGCGCCUUCUGUAUCUCUUAAUGAGCGAGCUCGCCCAACUGAAGUCUGAACUGAAGGCUUGGGAGCGAAAUUUUCGCGAAGAACACGGUGGCCGUGAUCCGACGAAAGAGGAGAGCAAGCAAGAUGCAACAAUUGCUGCAAAGUACAAACGGUAUCGCGCUCUAGUUCGAGAGAGUAAAAAGCCUGCUUCGUCCGAUUCAAAUGCCAACCUGAUGAUUUCUGCUGAAUCUCCUACCAAGUCUUCGGCCAAUAAUCCAUUUUCGCCCGUGAAGCCGAAAAACGCAUCUAACAGCACCAAGGGGCUUCGCAACUCCGUACGCCCAAGCUCUAUGAGGGCCAUGACACCAUCCAGCGGGGAAGAGGAUUCUCCCACUGUCCGACGUAUCGAUGGCCUAUCACGGAACACAAGGAAAAAUAAUCGAUCUGAUGAAGACAAUCCUUUCCUCGUCGACUCUCCAACACAAUUGAGCCAACCGGCCUCCGAAGGGUUAUUCAGUUCAUCAUAUUCUUCUCUACGUGGACAAAGCAGUUCCGUCAAGGUCCCACCAAUCGGUCCGAUACAGAGCUCCAAACGUUCCAGAAUAUCUGAAUCCACCCUAUCUUCCAAUCGGAGACUUUCUACCACAUCUAAUUCAUCAUUCCCAGACACCACCCACUCGGUCGGCACAACGGUAUCAUUCAGCUCCCCGUCCAUCUCAUCAAAAUAUGAUUUCGCACCAUCUCCAUCCAAACUCCGAUCACUUGUGGACCAAACCUCCUCUUCCCUGACGCCCCGUACUAAAGCGCGCAAACGAAUGCGCGGCGAAGAUAUCCCUGUCACACCGGGCGAAGAGAUCAAGCGUAAAAAGAAACGAAGCUCACUUUUCGUCCUUAGUGCAGCAGCUGAAGUAGAUGGCGCAGGCAAGAGUGGCGUAUCUAGAGAUCUGUGGGACGUUCGAGGCGAAGGGGUCAGAAAGGUUCAGCCUCAGUCUGGCGAUAUUUCUGCUGGGGAAGACGGGAUCCUUCGGUCCGAGCCUGGGGAUCAGGAAGACAAUCACGUCGAUGAGAAUGAUGAAGUGUUCCCCGAGUCACCUGUAAAGUUGGCGACAGUUGGAGCGGUAAAACGUUCAUCCGUAUUCCGUGACAAUGGGGAAGAGAUCGAAGAGCGAGGCCGAGAGGUUUUCAGACCACUGUUCGGAGAGUCAUCUCCCCAUCAAACCUCUGGGAGAAGCAUCCCGACGAAGAUCAAACGAAGCCUCCCACCCACACCAAUAGCUAAUGGAUCACCAUCAACUCGUCAUGUGGAUUUCGUUCUUCCCAGUCGGAAGCAGAAGCCGAAUGAUUCGUCAAUCGUCGGUUCUUCGUUGCGCCCCCGACGCAAGUCCCUGAUUACCAACUACAUCACGAACACCUAUGAGCGCAGUCCCCUAUCAGAGGAUGUUGAUAUGGAUCCUCUAAGGGAUGAUGAAGACUUGGACCAGGAUCCAUCACUGCGGCCUUCGCUGACUCCCAGGCCGGUUAAGCUACGAGCACCAUCGCCACCUGACACUACACUUGAUCCACCCAGUCAUGGGAUGGGCAAUAAAGCCAGAUCAAAGAUUCCGAGAGCAACUGGUGAGCGAGGAAGAGAGAAACCGAUGAAAAGCGUUGGUGAUACCGGAGCCGCUUUGGUACCCCGAGAAGCGUCGGGCACUAAGCUCGGGGCUGAUGUGAGAGUCACCAACACUCCAGACGAUGAGGACUAUGGAGACAGUCUGGUACUCUCUCCAGUCAACCUACCUUGGAAUUACGUCGGAAUUGUAGAAGUACCAUUGCCGAGAGCUGCUCAAUCCCGCGGAGAAAUGCCGGAGGAAAGGAACGCCACCGCUGAAAACACCCAACAGUCAUUGUUAAUGCCAGGUGGGAAUGAUGAUGCCGGAAACAGCGGCGACAAGCGGAUGGAUAUGCUUGACGACCCCGAGCUUAUUGUCCACUUGGGCCCACGACCGAAUGAGAUAUUGCCUUUGUCUGUGGAGGAAGAAGAUAUAGGCGAAGGUGAAGGCACCUCAGAUUCGGGAUCGCUAAUGAUUGGGGGCCGCGUUGAGGCUGUACUGAAUGACGAGCUGUGGCGGAUAUUGGAUUUAUCCAAUGGUGCGGCGGGAACAGAUUAUCAUUCCGAGGAUGAACUCGGGACGUUGCGGGACGUACUUAGCGGUGAGGGUGGUCGGCAUUUAUGCCGGCGUCGGCUAGUGGGGGAUAUUUGGCUGGCGGGAGAGGGAGCUUAUGGCGCCGAUGCACACGAUCUCCAGGAAGACUGGGAAAGCGAGCCGGACAUAUUUGCCGAGUUGUGAAGAGAUUGCGUUGAAGAGUAGUGUAGUGAUCUGCAAAUGUGGCUAUGGCUUGUUCCCCAGGGCACGAUCUGUGGCUGAAUUAACACAUCAUUGGGAGGGUAGAGCCAGACAU